AUGGCAACGGUACAAAACCCAACAGGUUAUGGGCCCAGAAGAGGCUUGAUUUUUGAUGGAGACGAGAACAAGUAUGAAUUAUGGGAGGUGAAGUUUUUGGGAUAUAUGCGACUCCAAAAACUUUGCAAUAUAUUCAUUCCUAGCAGUAGCGAAAGAGAACUAGAUGAGGCAAAGAACGCAGAUGCCUUUGCCGAAUUAGUGCAAUGUCUAGAUGACAGGAGCUUGGCCCUGGUCAUACGAGAGGCGAAAGACAAUGGAAGAAAAGCCCUGACGGUUCUGAGAGAACAUUAUCAAGGCAAGGGAAAGCCCAGAAUAAUCUCGCUGUACACGGAGUUAACGUCGUUGAAGAAGGCAGAAAAUGAGACAAUUACGGACUACAUCAUACGGGCAGAAACUGCCGCGACCGCAUUGAAGGCUGCCGAGGAAGUAAUCAGUGAUGGACUUCUGAUUGCCAUGGUACUCAAGGGUCUACCAAACGCUUAUAAAACAUUUUCUACGGUGGUUAUUCAACGAGAAAACCAGAUGAAUUUUGGCGACUUCAAAAUCGCAUUGCGUAACCACGAAGAGAACGAGAAGUGCUGCAGACCGGCGGAGAAUGGCGACAACGUAAUGUACGUGAAGAAGAAAUUUGAAGGAAAGUGUUUUAAGUGUGACAAGAAAGGACAUAAAAGUUCCGAUUGCUGGAUGAAAGCUGAAAAAUGGUGCAACAAGUGCAAGAGCAAGACACACAAUACCAAGGAUUGCAGAGCAAGAAGAGACGGUGUAAAGAUGGCCGCUGAAACCGGCGAAGAGAACGCUAAAAUACAUUCAUUUGCAUUUACACUUAAGGAAAAUAAUUCUAAUGGAGGUAAGACCUCAAAUCUACUAGUAGAUACAGGGGCAACAAGUCAUAUAAUUAAUGAUAAAUCUAAAUUUGUAAAUUUUGAUGAGAAGUUCGACCCAAGUAAUCAUGUAAUAGAGUUAGCUGACGGAAGUAAAGCUAAUGUUGUUUUAGGUAAAGGUAACGCUAAAGUUAAAUUGUACGAUAUUAAUGGUAAUUUACAAGAUGUAAUGCUUAGUAACGCGCUGUAUAUUCCGUCUUAUCAGCAAAAUAUUUUCUCCGUUCCUGCUGCAAUAGAGAAGGGGGCUGCUGUUAGCUUAGAUAGGCAAGUUAGAGAGUACAGGGACCCCGAGGGAACAGUGUUUGGUAUCGAACAGGUAGGUAAAUUAUAUUACUUAAAUAGUAUAUCAUCUUCUCGAAAUAACGCAUCGUCCCUAAUGGAAUGGCACAAGAUAUUAGGGCAUUGUAAUUAUAAUGAUGUGCGCAAACUUGAGAGCGUGGUUAAAGGUAUGAAGAUAAUAGAAGACAAGGAAAUCCUUUGUGAGGUAUGUACACAGGGUAAAAUGUGCCAACAUCGAAGGCGAGAGCCAGAUCAAAGGGCAAAAGGUCCUCUUGAGUUCGUACACUGUGAUUUAGCUGGUCCAGUUGAGCCAGCAGCGAAGGAUGGUUUUAAAUAUGCCUUAUCUUUUGUAGAUGAUUUCACUGGUACUAACUUAAUAUAUUUUCUUAAACAGAAGAGCGAUACAGUGGAAGCUACUGAAAAGUUUUUGGCUGAUAUUGCACCCUUUGGAAAG